UUUAAAAUCCAAAGUAGGUAGUCUGUGCCUCGCAUAAUCUGUCUUUCGUUGGAAUUCAGUAGGUCAUUGACGUUGUCAAGCGGAUUCCUUCAAAAGAAAAUAUCUGCUGAACUGAAUUUUACUUAUUCAGUUCAUUAAAGUAUAUAAUUUUAUAAAAAUCAAUAAAAAAACCGCGUAGAAAUGAGUUUAGUAGCUAACACUGGGAAAUUGGCUGGACGGACGCUGUUCAUUACUGGUGCGUCCCGUGGUAUCGGCAAAAGCAUUGCCCUGAAAGCGGCUAAAGAUGGUGCUAACGUUGUGAUUGCCGCCAAAACAGCUGAACCUCACCCGAAGCUGCCUGGUACUAUUUACACUGCCGCUGAAGAGAUUGAAGCUCUCGGCGGAAAGGCGCUGCCAUGCAUCGUAGAUGUCAGAGACGAAAAACAAAUACAGAAGGCGAUUGAUGAGGCUAUUAAGAAGUUCAACGGCAUUGAUAUCUUAGUGAACAAUGCGUCGGCCAUCGUCCUCACCGGCACAGAAGCGACGGACAUGAAGAGAUACGACCUCAUGCACAGUGUCAACACCAGGGGCACUUUCUUAGCAUCAAAGUUAUGCCUGCCAUACUUGAAGGCGAGUAACCACGCCCACAUCCUAAACUUGUCGCCGCCCCUCAACAUGAACCCAUUCUGGUUCUCAGUGCACGUGGCCUACACGAUGGCUAAGUACGGCAUGUCGAUGUGCGUGCUCGGUAUGGCGGAGGAGUUCAAAUCCUUCAACAUCGGUGUCAACGCACUCUGGCCUAAGACUGCGAUCGCGACGGCUGCCAUCGAGAUGUUGACUGGCACGAGCUCCACCAGCCGCAAGCCGGAGAUCGUCUCCGACGCAGCAUAUGUCAUGCUCAGCAAGGACCCCAAAACAUACACAGGCAACUUCGCCAUCGACGAGGACGUUCUUAAAUCCGUCGGAAUCAAUGACAUGGUUCCGUAUGCCUGCGAUCCCAAGAACGCGGAUAAACUAUUGAUGGACGGUUUCCUGGAUAUCCCGGAAUCGAUCGCCCACUCGGGUACGAUCACCACGGCUAGCCGCGCCAGGCAGUACCAUACGUCGGCUAAACACGCCAGACAAUACCAUACAACCGCCGUCAACUACAAGGAGAAGGAUGCCGCAGGGGAUGGUCAGAUCCCCACUCUGUUCGCGUCUAUCAGCAAAGUCCUCUCACCAGAGCUGGUGAAGAAGACACAGGCUGUCUUCCAGUUCAAUGUCAAAGGUAAAGAGGAAGGUAUCUGGCACAUUGACCUGAAGAACGGUGAUGGCGCGUGCGGGCAGGGCGAGCCCAAGAACAAGCCUGACGCCACGCUCACCAUGGACGGAAAGCACUUCUCUGAAAUGUUUGCCGGUAAACUUAAGCCAACCACAGCUUUCAUGAUGGGCAAACUGAAGAUCAGCGGAGAUGUCCAAAAGGCGAUGAAGUUAGAGAAGAUGAUGAAAUCACUUCAAAAGAAAGCCUAAAUACUCUCUGUAUAACUUAAAUAUAGUGCAAUACAAUCAUACAUUUUCAAGAGGUUUAAAUUUAGUGUAUAUAAUUGUACAAGAGUGCUAUUACUCAUAUAAAUGUUUUCUCAUCCAAUGACAAUAAUAGUUGUUAAAUGUAAUAAAAAAUGGAUUAAAAUUUACUUCCCUAAGGGGCAUGUCCAGUGUUGGUAUAUUUGUAAGUAAUUGCAAUAUUUAUGUAUAAAUCCUUGUUUAAAACAUAAUUUUAUGUAAGUCAAGUUUCUGAUUAAUGUAAAACAAAAUUAUUUACUUCUAUGUUGCAAUAGUGUUGAAGGUGCCUUACAUGAAAUAACUGCCAAAUAAUAUUCAAGCAGCUACAGUAUUUUUAUAAACAGAAAUGUAUUGAGCAAUCAUUUUUGUAAAUAAAACAUGUAUUUCAUGA